ACUACAAUCACAGCCACAAACUAAACAUUUCCAAGCACUAGCCUGAGAAUCAAGAAGAACCAAGCAGCAACCAUGAUCAAUCCCAAGAAGCUCGCUCAGUUGGCGAGGAAGUGGCAAAGGGUAAAAAUAGCCACCAAAGACGACGACAGAUGCUGCACCAUUUCACCAAUUGCAGGCAGGGGCCACUGCACCGUGUACACAGUGGAUGGGAGCAGGUUCGAGGUCCCAUUAGCGUACCUCCGCUCAGUGGUCUUCAGUGAGCUUUUGAGGAUGGCUGCGGAGGAGUUUGGUUUCACAGGUAAUGGCAGGAUCACUCUGCCUUGUGAUGCAGCUGUGGUGGAGUAUAUGAUAUGCUUGCUCCAGAGAAAUGCAUCAGAGGAAGUUGAGAAGGCAUUCUUGAGCUCUGUAGUGAUGCCUUGUCAGCAAUCAAGCUAUCCAACGCCACCGGUGGUGCUGCAUCAGCAAUUUGCAGUUUGUAGCUCCUAAAGAUAUCCAGGAAUUUGCAGCAAUUAGUGUGUAGUACUCUAAUACAAAUAGAAUGAAAAUUGUAUUUAUUUAUCUUAGAGAACUAGUGGCUGUCAUUUGUUGAUGCCAUUUUUUAAAAAAAUAUAACAGGUGCUCUGUAGUAAUGCCUUGGUCUUAUUUUUCAUUGCCGUUCUUUCUUCAAAAGUUAUAUUAAAUUAGCAGACAAAUGAUGAGUAGGUGUAGAUGCAGAAAUGUAUGCUUACAAAAGUGUUAUUGUAAAAGUUUCCCA